AUGACGCUGACCCUGCUCGCCUCCCUCUUCCUCCCGACGCCAACCUCCGCCGAGCCCGCCGCGACAAGAACCUGGGUCUCGGAACCAAAUGGCCGCGGCACCUUCAGUCUUGUGAGCUCCUGCAUCCUGACGCUCACAAUCUGCGUCUGGACGGCGCUCCACCUCAACGUCCCCGCCGCGCGCUCCACGGCUCGGAGCCGGGCGCUCGAGCGGGCCAAAUGGGUCCUCUACGGCAUCUUCGCGCCGGAGAUUGUCGUCGCGACGGCGGCGGCGCAGUACAUCAUCGCGCGAUGGCUGAAGCGGGAGAUUGAGAAGGACGCUGCGCACCGGGGAGAUGCCGACGGGCUUUCGAGGCACAAGUGGGACAUGACGCAAUGCUUUUACGCCGUGAUGGGCGGGUUUGUGGUCGACAGACCGGCUUGUGGGGAGGAGAGCGGCGGCGAGAGGGUCACGCUCACGCCGGAGGGGAUUCGCCUCUUGUCAUUUCUGGGGAAGCUGCCCGAGAUUCACGAGUCCCAGAUACAGGACAAGAGCAAGGCGGACUGGAUGGCCAAGUUGCUGGUCUGCAUCCAGGCGGGAUGGAUGGUUGCCCAGGUCAUUGGGCGCGUGAUUGAGCGGUUGCCUGUGUCACUGUUGGAGAUAAAUACGUGUGGCCAUGUUGCGUGCGCGGUGCUGUUGUAUCUUCUUUGGUGGAGUAAACCUUUGGAUGUCCUUGACCCGACGGUUGUGGGCGAGGGUCUUGGUGAUGUGGUUUCGUUGAUGUCGGCGUGUUCGUCUGUAAGCGCGGUUGAUGGAGUCACCGAUAUUCGAUGUUUCAUCUAUUUGCCUGCAGGCUCGGUGGAGGGCGGUGGAGUGCGGGUUGCGGGAGAUGCCUUGCACCAAGAUAAGAGGGUUCUCGUGACAACUCACUUGUCGAUCGGGUCGCCUGGCUCUAGGGAUCCAUCUAGGUUCCUCGGGUUCGAUGUAAGCGAACUUCGGCCGCGUCGGUCGCCGACUGCUCUCAAUCCCCAGACAAGAACUGUGCCCCGGUCUGCAUAUGAGUACCACAUCGAUCAGGGCAAGCAGACAGUCGCGACAGAGUGCCUCCAGACGUACUUUGCGCCUCCGUAUAAAGAGCUCACGCUGCACCACAGCAGAAUCUACUGUCGGAGGGUAUUCUCCGAUGUUCAACAGGGGAAGAGAAGCUUCAAACCAAUCGAUCCAGACUUCUUGACACAAAUUGCAAAGGCAGCAGACGUCCUAUGGGCACAAUGCGUCGAUCGACAGUCGUAUGCUCCCUACUACUUCACCUCGGUGCCCACUAUUGGCAUUUUCCUGGGCGAGACCGAUUACAUCGUACCUCACGUCGUCAAUUUCCCGUCCAUGACGAACUUAGGGCUUGGCCAAGUCAACGUCCAUCGCGACGUCUUGCGUUCCGUUCUUGCUUUGACAGCAGCAGCAUACGGCGGGCUUCACCUCUCUGGCUGGGUGGACUACUUCCCUACUCCGGUUGAGCGUACGCUCUGGCUGGUCUCUUCGCUGACUAUAGCAUGCUCGGGGGCCAUCCUUUGGAUCUUCUUUCUCGCGCGUCAAAUUUGGCCAAUAUUUGACGUUUUUGUUUCCGGGGCGGCUCCAGGGUCACGUCUGUCAGGCUAUGGCCACCAGAAACCCUGGAUGAAAUCGGCGAAGUCGUGGGUCUUGGGUUCCGUGUUGGCUGUAUUUGCUGUGGCAAGGGUAUUCUUGGUUGUGGAGGCUUUCAUCAGCCUCCGUCAAGCCCCCGCAGACUUGUACGACACGCCGGAGCUCUCUGCCUUCUUUCCUCACUUUCAAUGA